CCAAAAUAUCCUCCACUCGAACCGAUGCCAGCGAAUUCCGAUAUGCGAUCGAACCUUGGUUUCUAAGCGACCGUCGAGAUGACGCUCGAGCCUCCUGUCGCUCGAAUCCUACUAAUCUAUACUGCAUGCAUCGUAUAUUAUGUGGCUGAAUUGUUCCGCAUGGCAAGGCCGCCAACUCACUGACGGUCCUUGUUGUACACAAAACCCGUCUUUCCCAACCGUUGUUAAGGUGAACCGUAACACCUCUUGAACCUUUAGCACGCUGUCAUCGAUACACGCCAAUUGACUGCCUGUAGCGAAUAUAGGUCACUGCUACUACCUUGAUUUGCUGAAACAUUUGAACGACUUGGAAUUCAGACUACUUAUCUUAACCAACACCUUCCGUCUCACAGUGGACGACUGACCUGAUUCUGCCAACGGAGACAACAAAUGCGCGAUGUCCUUCGUGAGUCGCCAUUGGAAGCAGUCUUCCGACAAAUCCGAGCCGGAGCCUCUCGUCCAGGAGGACACUGAUGACAAAACAGACGACGACUCGUUUCUUCAACCUCGGGAGUUCGACGCACCGAGUCCAGGAUACAAUCUCUGGUUCGGAACUGGACAGUUCGAAGCACCCAAGGCCGGCAGGAGAGCGGGCUCUUAUCUCGAUCUGAGAUACUUCAUUCCGGUAUUGGCGAUAGUGUGUGCUAUCGCAGCCAUACCAUUGACCAUACCAGAUGCCACAGGAGAAAAUCUUGCAUAUGACUAUCGCUAUGGGAUGAAGGUAUAUGACUGCGCGUCGGCGAGUGUAACUUCGAGUGGUACAAUGCUUGGUGACUUGGCAAUUAACCUUGUAGCUUUUGACAAGCUAUCAUUCACAGCGGCAAAAGCCAUCGAUCUUGCCUGGAACGUGCUUGCGGGCCGCCUCUCUCAAUUUCUUGCGGCAUACCUCUGCUAUCGCGUGUCGACUGGAGUAUUGUAUCUUACGGCCGAGCAACAGAGGGUACCUGCAGAAGCAUUUGCAGCGCUAUCGUUGAAUCCGAACAGCAUAUGGAGCUGUCUACCGGUCUUCAAGUCGUUGUCUCUCACCAAGAUGAGACUGUUCAAUAGGCUGGCUCUUGUUUGGGUCAUCGUCUCCACAAUAUAUCUACUCUGUAUUGUCACGAUGGUCGAUUUGAUGACUGGAUAUCAGACGGGACAGGCGACAUGGCUCAAGCAACCGAACGGAAAGAUGGUCAACACAGACGUAGGGCCUGAAGCCAUAUUGAAAGACCUUCCCACUACAACUCCACCUCAGAAUAUCACCAUGCCUGGUGGUAAACUAGUCACACUACACUGGAACGAAGAUACCGGAGACAUCCAUGUUCGCCAAGCGCCAAUGCCGACCGAUCCAAAUACCAAUGAGAGCACAAUCUUCUACCAAUCAUGUGUUGAUCGCGAGACGAUGGGCAUAUACUACCUCAACGUCACAUACACCACUCCAGAUUACUGGUCCCCGUUCACAACAUUCGACAAUGGUACUCGCCAUGGUAGUACGCCCAGUCUUAUCACCAGCUAUGAAGACGAGUCCUGCAAUACCCUGUUCGUGACUCUGCAGUUGAGCUACUACGACCUCUCUUACGGAGUAAAUCGCACAUUCUGGGAAAAUCCGACUAAUUUCCUGUGCGUACCGGCUGACUAUUAUCGCUGGGGCUUCUCGCAGCGCUACACCAUUCUCCUCACCUCCAUCAACAGCGUCUGGCUCCUCAUCACAGCUGCACUAUGGCUAUACGUCGAACUCUACAGUCAAUUACUCCAAAAGCGCGGUCGCCUGGACAAGUGGCGUGCAGUUUUGGACAUGGCAUCCGCUCUACAACAGAGAUUUGGUCACGACACUGGAGCUUAUACGGAAGAUGAAUUGGAAAAGGAGGUUGAGAAAUUGACGCCUUUGUGCUAUAGUACUGUUGCGCAUGAGGGGAUUAAUGAUGAGAGGAUUGUGUUGGAGGAGUGUGAGAAGGGUGAGAAUUGGAGAAAAGGGAGGUUGAGGUUGAGGUGGAAGGUCAAGUAUUGGUGAUUAGGAUGGCGCCGGUCAUACGGUUCGCAUGUUGUCUACUGUGUUUAGUCGAGGUUACGAUAAUUUCACUUCAAGCACUCCUUCGUUC